GUGCGGCUUCGCCCAGCCGGGCUUGUGCGAUCCUACCAAAUCGCGGGACUGAGGAAAGAAGGACGGAUGCAAAGAUCUCGAAGGCCAGCGCCACAAAUCGAAGUUAAUAGUGAAGCCGAAGCCUUUGACUUUCGUGGUCUCUUUUACCGUUCACUUUGCUCUACUUUUGGUGGUGUCGUCUCUAUUCUAUCUACGUAUUGACUUGAUCUUUCUAAAAUCAUGUUGUCAGAAGUGGUUUGCUACUCUGGGGAUGAGAUUGUUCGAUUGAUUGGUGGCCUGGCGUUUGCCAUUUUGGUGACAUCUUGCUUUUCGGGGUUUUCAUUUCAGGGAACUCCGCUGACCGAAUUGGGCAAGAGGCCUCUGGGCAAUGGUUUGUGGUCGUUCCUUUUGGACUAUUAUCAGAGUGGUGUGGGAGUUUGGGGCUACGAUCCUGUCCAAGGUGCCUUUGCUGCUCCGUUGCGCGUUCGUUUUCAUUUGGUCGGAUGGCUGGUCCUCUGGGCAUCCCUUCUCUCCAUCACUCCUUUAUUGGACAAUAAUCAGGAGUGUCUGUCCUCUGAGUUUCCCAUUCCACUGAGUGUGCUACAGACUGGUGCGGUCAGCCUAUUUUUGUACUCUUUUUUUCAGUACGUCGUUCAUUACUUGUUGCCAGCUGUGUCCUAUCCUGGUGGAGCCCGCGACCACAAGAUCCAACGCAUUCCCAAGUGGACCGACUCUACCACCGAAUUGCCCACAUUUGCCACACAAAAUUGGAGAUGUGUCGCGGCGGAAGAAUCUCACGAGGUCUCCAAAAAGAGAUUUGAGGGAACCACAGGCAAACUCACGGGAGAACCAUCGGGUCGACAAAUGUGGACCAAUCAACCCAAAAAUGACACCACCACUACUACCAAAAAUGACAAGCAGGAAGAAUUGAUCAAAGAAUUGGCUGCUGGAGGAAGAACCGACAAACCUGGAACAUUCAAUCCGUCCAAAAAUCCAAACAGCUGCGACCAGCUCUUUCGUGCCAACCAAAUUCGAGCUUAUUUGGCCAAACCCGGAAAUAAACCUCCCGACAAUAGCACAGAAAAACCAAAAUCUGUGAAGGAAGCCCUCCGCAAGGCGGCCCAUUUCUAUUCCAUGCUUCAAAUGGACGACGGACAUUGGGGUGGUGACUAUGGUGGACCUCAUUUCCUCAUGCCGGGAUUGAUUGUCGUUUGGUACAUUAUGGGGAAACCAACACUCAUGAUGGAUGAACAAGCACAACAACUCAUGAAACAUUACAUUCUCGUACAUCAACAAUCGGAUGGCGGAUGGGGCACACACAUUGAAUCGCCAUCCACCAUGUUUGGAACCACACUCAUGUACGUCGCCAUGCGAUUGUUGGGAGUCCCCGAGGAUGAUUCGGCCGCCGUCGCUGGACGAAAGUUUCUCCAUGCACAAGGAGGUGCCAUCAUGACGUCGUCUUGGGCCAAAUUCUACCUUUGUCUUUUGGGUGUCAUGGACUGGAAGGCACACAACAGUGUCCCACCCGAAAUGUGGUUGCUCCCCAACUUUACACCCUUUCAUCCCGGACGCAUGUGGUGUCAUGCCCGCAUGGUGUACUUGCCCAUGUCCUAUCUAUACUCCCGUCGCUACGUUUACACCCAAGCCAAAACCGAUCCCGUCAUUUCCAGUUUGCGCAAGGAAUUAUACGUCGAAAAGGACUACGACAGUAUUCCCUGGUCGUCCACGCGUCAUUGGGUCGCACCGAUGGACAAUUAUUCUCCCAUUCCACCCCUGAUGAAAUUCAUUCAGAACGUCUUAGCGUGUUACGAAAACUGGGCCGUCUUUCAGCCCUUCAAGAACUUUGUACGAAAAUAUGCCAAUGACUUUUGUGCCGAUUACAUGGCCGUCGAAGACCUUCAAACCAACUAUAUCGAUAUUGGACCUGUCAAUAAAGUUCUCAACAUGUUGUCGGCAUUUGAUGUUGCUGGCAGCGAUCUCCAAAAUAAACAUGUCAUGAAUCACAUGCUUCGGGUGCAAGAUUAUCUGUGGGUUGCGGAUGAUGGCAUGAAAAUGCAAGGAUACAAUGGAAGUCAGUGCUGGGAUACUUCCUUUGCCAUUCAGGGAUACUACGAAUCGGACUUGAUGGAUGAAUUCCCUGAGGUGUCCAAAAAAGUGUGGUCCUAUUUUGAAAAAUGCCAAAUCUUGUGUUCCGACGCGGCCCAAGCCUCCCCUGCCUAUAAGUACGAAAGUGCCGAACUCAGGAAGCAAUACUACCGUCACCUCUCAGAAGGGGGUUGGCCAUUCAGUACCAGUGCUCACGGUUGGCCCAUCAGUGAUUGCACUGCCGAAGGACUCAAAGGCGUAUUGUGCUUGCUCAAGUCCAAGACGGUGCAAGAGGGAGUCAACAAGAACAACCUCAAGCCCAUUAGUGAUGAGAGGCUCGAAAAGGCAAUCAGUGUCAUUAUCACUUACCAAAAUGAAGAUGGUGGUUGGCCAACCUACGAGAACAAUCGUGGCUUUGGCUGGUAUGAAUCCUUGAACCCGUCAGAAGCUUUUGGAGACAUUAUGAUUGACUACUCGUACGUUGAAUGCAGCAUGGCUUGCUUGACGGCUCUUUACGAGUUCCAGCAACGAUUCCCCAAGACACGCUGCAGAGAAGUCCAGCAUUCCUUGGAUACCGGAAGAAACUUCCUCAAGAGUAUUCAACGAGAGGACGGCUCUUGGUAUGGUUCCUGGGCCUGUUGCUUUUGCUACGGCACCUGGUUUGGCAUUGAGGGGUUGGUCAAGAGUGGAGAGCCCCUCGAUUCAGUUCCUCUACAAAAGGCUUGUAAAUUCCUUUUGAAGCAGCAGCGCCCAAAUGGAGGCUGGGGGGAGGAUUUUACUUCUUGCUUCGACAAGGACUAUGCCCAGAAUGGUAUGGACGCGUACGGUGAUGAAGGGAGCAGCGUGGUCAACACAUCGUGGGCGUUGCUUGCCUUGGCUUGUGCCGAGUGCAAGGAUACAGAGGCCAUCAAGCACGGCGUACAGUACUUGAUGAAACGUCAGCUCCCUUGUGGAGACUGGCCCCAGGAAGGCAUUGCUGGUGUGUUCAAUCGAUCAUGUGGAAUCACCUACACAGCCUACCGCAACGUCUUCCCGAUCUGGGCAAUGGGCCGAUGCCAAUCUGUUUAUGGCAAGCAGCUGGAUGAGUAGAAAUUGAUGUGUUGCCUUUGCAGGCCGCAACCUGAGUCCCUAUAUAGAAUGAUUCUGUGUCUUCACUGUUUCAUUCAUACUUGCGAAAGCAAGUCUAGACAAGCACUCUCGAUUUUGCUGUUGCUUUUUAUUUAUCAUCCCUGCAGUUGCCGUGUGCUUUUGCUGUUCUAGUAGUCCCUCUGGCGCUCCAUUUGAAAACUCCUUGUUUACGGUGACGUUCUACUAUAGUUCUACUCCCUACUGUCCCUACUCGUUGCUGUGUAUGACUAAAGAAGCUUGCCAGCUCUCGGUCAACAUCCGCUCCAUCCUAAUGUGCAUGAAUUCCAAGGCAGGUGAAGAACUAUUGGAAAAAGAAUAUCAAAGGAACAAGUGUCACACCAAGAUGGAAUAGCCAGUGGUAACAUGAGUGGUGUCGAAAGGUGCAACCAGAUUUGAUCAUAGUUGCAUCGGCUGUAGUUGCACCAUUUGUCGGCGCAAUGGUGCUUGGAGUUGGGGCACUCGUGAAGGCUGUGUUCGUUGGGGUUGUUGCGUUUGCAGUUUGAUUAUUGCAAGCGGGUUUAUUUUGGUCACCAUUGUCGGUAACGAGGCCAUCACCAUGGAAAAAAAUAUUGCUGUUUCCGUUGCCUGGCACAAGUGUUGCCGCGGAUGUGGGAACACUUGUCUUGGAUUCUCCGGGAGCCGUGGAUUCCUCUCCAUCCGCACUAACAGAAUAGCUUGUGGGAACACUUGUCUUGGAUU